AUAGAAGCAUAGUAUAUAAACAGAAUGAAUCACACAAAAUCUACACACAAUCAGAUCCAGCGAUGCAAUUAUUAGUGACCGCAAAGUGUUAACAGCUUAAAAGGCUAAUUCAGAAGAUCUCAUCUCAUCUCACUGCAAACAACAAAUCAAAUCCCUAAUUUUUUCCAUCGGAAAAUGGGAAGCAACUACUUCGGCGAGCACAAUUACUUCGGCGGCAGCGAUAGGGGGAUGUCGUCGUCGUCUUCAUCAUCGUCGUCGAGGAAAGGGAAGAAGAGCGGCUCCGAUAAGCCUAAGCAGCCGCAGAGGGGGCUUGGGGUUGCGCAGCUUGAGAAGAUUAGGUUACACAGUCAACUCGGAUGCACAUAUUUGCCUUCUCUUCCUUAUGCUUCUAAUUUCACUCAGGAGGAUGUGAGGCUGCAAACAGCUCAUUCUUCGUCGUCGUUCUCGUAUUCGUCGUCGUCGCCUCCUUAUGGCUUCCAGGGCCACCAUGGAGUCAUGAUGGGAUUGCCAGAUUUAGAUAGGGCAAAUCUUGCAUAUGGGGAUUCUCAACCCAACAAUGUUGCAAGAUGGCAUCAGGGCAAUGCAGGCUAUGGAAGUCAUAAUUUUGUUGAGCCCAGCAUGACUAGAUCCUUCUUCGAACCGCCUGCUCAGAGCUCCCACAAUAUGAGAGAUGGUUCGAGUAGUCAGAAGUCAGACUCGAGUAGCUCACAAGAGAUAGAUUUGGAGCUCAAACUAUCGUUGUGAAUUUCGUCUAAUGAAACUUAUAGCGUAUGUGGAUUUUCGCCUGUAAGUUGGAAGAUGCACCCAUCCUUAUAAAUCCAAAUAGCAACUAUAUGCACAAGUUUAAGACAAACAUUGUGUAUUUGAUUACAGUUUGACAGAUUGCUAUGUGAUUGGAAUUGAUAACCUCUUAUAAUGAAAUGAAGUUUGUCAA